UAUAAACGCUUCCUACUUCCCACUGUGCACUUGUUUUAGAAGAUGCACAUUUAAAGCUUUUCAGUGUGGGGAAAACACCACAUACCAUAGUGGUUUUGGUUUAAGCAGUUCUAAAAGAGAGGGUGUGAACUUAGCUUUUAGCACUGAGUCAUAUUUAGUUUGAAAACUUUCUUUUUGUUUUUAAAACAGAAGCUCGCAUUACACCUGCUUUGCUGUUGGAAAGACACGUUCCACAUUUUCUUUUAAUUCAAUUUAAACCAAAUAAGCUAUUUAAGUUUUUUUUUUUUUUUUUUUUUUAAUCUCAAAAGCCUGUUCAAUCCAAAAUUGAUUUGGAAAGAAUAUUGCAAUUUAUAAUUCUGUGCUCAAGGGCGAGUUUGUUGUGGGAAACACAUAGAAGAACAAGGUGAAACAGGUUGGAAACAAGCUGGGGUGUGGAUAGGCUGACAACAGGUCUGCAGAAUACCAUCUAUUUAUUCAUUUCUUGGAUACUGGAGUCUUAUUCCAAAUCUCAUUUAAAGAAGAACUGUUACAAUGAUACUGCUGGUACUCUGUUCUGCACUACUGACACUAGGAGCUGCUCUGGAGUGUGACGUUUGCUAUACAACUAAUGCAAUUACCUGCUCGGGUCACUAUACCAAGUGUGACUCAUCCCAAAAUCACUGCAUGAUGACCCUAACCCAAACAACUUUUGGAGAUGUAAGAGUUGCUGUUUUGGAGAAAUCAUGUGGAUCUGUUUAUCAGUGUACUCAUACAUCCAGUUUUUCAACUGUGGGGUACGCAGUGAGUGUGGACUCUGUAUGUUGUGACACAGACUACUGCAACAAUGGCACUAUGAUCUGGAAACAACAGAACAAAACAUUAAAUGGUGUUACCUGUCCUUCCUGUUUUGCUAAAAAUUCUAAAUCAUGUGAUCCUCGAGCAACUGUUAACUGCAAAGGAGAUGAAAACCAUUGUAUACAAUUCACAGUAACCAAACACAGAGGAGACACCAUCAAAUUUGCUGGUUGUGCCUCUGAAGGCAUGGGAAAAAGUCAUGGAAAAGCUGCCUUCCGUGGAUCUUCAUUAGAUGUGACAGACUUUAAAUAUAAUAAUGGCCAAUCACUGCAAAACAAUCCAUUUAUUCCAUUGUUGACUGCCACGACCCUUACGAUGAUAUUUUUAAAGAGAUAAUUAAGAUUGAUAUGUUGAAACUUUGUAUAGAAGACAACACUCAAAGCCAAUAAUUAUUUAUUACCAAAACAUUUUACUUUAGUUACAGUGAUGUAGGACAUUCUUUGUUAAUUAUCAUUACAUGUCCGAUUUUAAGGUUUUCUCUGUUUUGUAGGAAUAUUUGUUAAGUGCAAUAAUUGUUACUUUGUAUUAUCUCUGUUGUUCUUUUGAACAGAUAUUGUGAAGUUAAGGCCUAGGGCCCGGAGAUCUAAAGCUUUCUGCUCAGGCUAGAUGAUCUAAGAAGGCUCAUCAAUAUGGUGAGGUCCCUCAAAGAAUUUCAGAAAGGCAAAUGCUAUGCUAUGUAGGGUCUUGGAUGUGAAGGAUAGUCUCAUACAUUGCAAUAUAAUGAUAUAGUGAUUUCUCUCUAUACUGGCUAGAUUAUGAUCAUGGGGCCCUAUUUCUGAUCUUUGAGGGAGUGUAAUAUGUUAAAUAUGUCUCAAAAUGCACAAGUUCUAAUUACAAAUGUUAUCAAAAUGUGGUAGAUUUAUAGUAGUGUACACAGGGUUGACUUGAGAAGGCCGGCCCCUGCAUAUACUGUACAGUGCAUGCUCCUGUGCAAAUGUCAAAUUAGAAAAUUAGCAUUAUAAUGACAUUUGUGUCAGCAACUAACACUUGAUUCACGUGUGCACUAUAAAAUAUUUGACCAUUUAUGAUGAAGGUUCCAAAAAAGUGAUUUUCAUAACAUUGGUCGAGUAAAUCUCUAAAUGUAAUUCCAUUUGAUCACAAAAAAUAUGUUAAUCAUAGAAUUUAUAUUCUCAGAUAUAUGCAUGAAUGCAGAUCAUACUUAAACGGAUACAAAACGCUUUUUUUCAUGAUAUAGAUAGUGCAUACAGUUUUAAACAACUUUCCAAUUUACUUCUAUAAUCAAAUAAACUUCAUUUUCUUAGUAUCCUCUGUUGAAGGAACAUCAGUGCACUAACUUGGAGUUAGCUGAACACAUCGAGGCCCAUUUAUCAAGCUCUGUAUGGAGCUUGUGGGUUCGUGUUUCUGGCGAGUCUUCAGAACGCAAGCUAUGGAGCAGCGGUCUAAAGACUGCUGCUCCAUAACCCUGUCCGCCUGCUCUGAGCAGGAGGACAGAGAUCGCCACAAUUCAACCCGAUCGAGUACGAUCGGGUUGAUUGACACCCCCUGCUAGCGGCUGAUUGGCCACAAAUCUGCAGGUGGCGGCAUUGCUCCAGCAGCUCACAAGACCUGCUGGUGCAAUGCUGAAUACAGAGAGCGUAUUGCUCUCCGCAUUCAGCGAUGUCUGUCGGACCUGAUCCACACUGUCGGAUCAGGUCCGACAGACAUUUGGUAAAUAGGCCUCAAUUUGUGAACAGAUAAUAAAAAAAUGGAGAGUUGUUUAAAAUUGCAUGCUGUAUUUGAUUCAUGAAUGUAUAAUUUUGACUUUACAAUACCUUUAACUAUGUCUCCAACAGUGGGAGAAAAUAAGACUAACUUACUUAUCAUAUUUAUCAUUGUAUAUAGCCAGUUUAGAAUAUCCUGUCAUCAUAUUUUGGGGAAAACAUAGUAACUAGCUUUUUUUUUUCACAUGGAAGAGGAUAAAGUAAAUUAUAUGAUCAAUUUAGUCUCUUCAAAUGUUUAUGUAGGUGAAACCUCCCACAUGAUUAAAACAAGUUCUUAUUAUGUAAUUAUGAUGUAAAUAAUAAUAAAAAAAUACAUUAAAUAAGGCAAAUUUGUUAAUGUGAACAGUGUACCAACUCAAAUAUAACAAAACACGCUAAGAUCCGUGCAAAUCCAAAUCUUAGUGUGUUGCACUUUCACAAGCAGAAAUACGUCUCUGAAAAGAGUUGAAAACUGUGAGCGGUCGCCUUCUUCUACUUUCUGAGGCAUCCAAAACCUCUGAAUGCACAUGCCUAAUAUAAAUUAAGUAGUAAGCACUAAUCAGCCUAAGGAGUUAGAGUUUAUUGACAAAGCUAAGAUUGAUUAAAGGAGGUGUAUUAUCACAUAAAUAUCACCUUAUCUAUAUUAGUCUAAUGUUUGGUAAGAGCUGUAUUCCAUAUGAUUAGAGGGCUACACAUUUUCUAAAAAGCUAUGGCCUAUUGUUCUAAACUGGUUGUAAAAUAAUAUGAAUAUGGAGAAUUAAAAGCUUCAAAUCAAAAAGUGAGCCUUAUCUGCCACUUUCAGAGUAUGUUUGACAUGUUUUAAGAAUUUUCCUGAUUUCAUGAAUUUAUCUGACAUUAAAGGAAACAUGAAAAUAUUCUCUUUGUUGUUAAUAAUGUGAUUAAUUGUACAUAAACGCGUUCAUUUUGUUAGUUUAAAAUAAGUUAGCUUUUAAAAAAUCUUUUUGAUAAAAAAAAAAUAUAUUUUAAUAUUUUAAUUAUGCUGCUUAGAAAAACAUAUUUGAUUGCAGAUAGUACCAGAAAACUUAACUAACCCGUCAAAUGUUUCUAUACAAAGUGUUGGUUUAUUUGAAUGUCAUAACCUUAUACAUAUCUGAGGCAUUAUUUAAUUCCAUAACUGUGGGCCAAUUUAACAUGCCCUGAAUGAUGCCUAAUGCACCUGUUUCCGUGCAAGCCUUAAGGCUCGCCGGAAACAGGAGUUAAGAGUCAGCGGUCUUAAGACCGCUGCUGAUUAACUCAUCCGCUGCCUUUGAGGCUGCAGACAUCAAUCCGUCCGAUCGAAUACGAUUGGGUUGAUUGACACCCCCCCUGCUAGCUUCACCAGAACUGCUUGUGCAAUAUUAAUUGACGACAGUGUAUAGCAAAUCAUGUCCGCCCGGGGUAUGAUAAAUCUACCCCUGUGUCUAUGCCUACCACCUCUGUUAAGAGGCCUUUUUAAGAAAAAGCACCAUCUUGUUAAAGUGAUGAUAAACUUUAAUCAAACACCAUAUAUGUAAUCUUUGCCAUUAGAAAAAUAUAUGUGUACCUUUUUUUGUUUUUAAUCAUCUGUGAAAUGGUUAAAUUAGUUCAUAUAGUAAUGCUUCUAUUUGCAAUGUUACGCCGGCCCACUUGGAUGAACUCUUUUUUUAAUGUCAAUUCCAGUGAACAUCCAAUCAACAUGUGUAUCAUAUGACAAUCUUGAAGUACAGCCCCUUUAAAGCCUUUAGAAAGCCUAUGUAGAGAAUGGGAGGGACUGCUCUAUACAUCACAGCUCAGCCAAAAGGGGAAAUAUAGGGGUGCGGAGGAACAGACAAUAACAAUAGGAUUAUAAACCUUUUAUUAUAAUAUAUGCACUUAAAAAAAACAAUUAUGUGGUUUUACUUGCAAACUAAUAUAUAUUUAAUUGCAACAUUCUAAUACUCUGAAAUUUACCAUCACUUUAUUGAAGUGCUAAUUCAAAUAACUCAUGAACCAGCCAACCAGAGAACACUUGUCCUGCUAUGACUUGCAAUUUGUAUUUUUUAGACAACCUAGCUUAAUUUAAAUGGUGCCUCGCUUAUUCAUACCAUUAUCCAGAUGUGUAUACAAUAUUCAAGAAGAUGCCUGACAUUUCAUCUGUUUUAUUUUUCUAACUGUAAUUUUUUCUUAAAAAACAUAUCUAAAAAAAAUAUUUAUUUUAGAACAUAUAUAUUACAAUAUGAUUAUAGAAUUAUUUUGUAUCUACUAAAGUGAUGAUGUUUUAUUGAUUGCUUUUAUGAAUAAAUAAUUAAACGAUA